CCGUUAUCGUGUGCAUCUUUUUUGUUGCAUUACACAGAAUGGAUUUAUGUGAUAUGGCUGAAAAAACAAGACGUUGCAUUUUAAUCCUAGCUGUAAUAUUUUUUUAUUCACUCACAUUUGGAUUCUGUUACAAUGGCAUUAUUGUGAAUCAUAAAGAAGUCCAGAUUCUGGUUGACGGUAUAGAUAAUUUUUGUCGAUUGAAAAGUUUUAAGGCUGAUGGGUAUGCCUUUUUCGGUAAUCCAAAUAAUUACAGACCCAGUGAUGCUUUUCCUAUGUUUUCGGGGUUAUCUUUCCAGCCAUCAUUUCUGGAUUUUGGUGAACAACCUUUAUCAUAUGCCAAACACAUCGAAGUCACUAUCACCAACAUUGAUGCUGACCAGUCUAUUGAUCUUGUCACUACUUUCGGAGCAUCUCAGUUCAUAUUUUGGUCCAGAUUUAAUCAAACAGCUAUCGCUCCUGCCACUUCUGCUAAUUUUAAUAUCACGUUUUUACCUUAUACUGUGGGUGAAUUUGAAACCUCCAUUUAUAUUCAAACGUCUUUAGGUGCUGCAAAAUAUCAGGUAUUCGGAUCCAGCUACAUCAGUAAUGAUUAUUUGAUACCUGUCGUCAGCCUUGAAUCCCUCGAUGCAAAUGAAAAAUCAUUCGAACUCAAAUUAGUUAACCCUUUAUCCUAUCCUGUGAAGGUUGACAAUCUUGAAGUAUUUUCUGAUAAACUACAUACGGAUUAUUGCAGUUAUUCCCAAGUUGCAUCAAAUUCGACUAGUGAUAGUGAUACGAUCGACAGUUGUGCAUUUGAACCCAUAAUACUCCAUUCACAUGAAUCAGCAAGCCUGUUAAAAGCAACUGUUGACGUGAAUGUUAUGGAGUUAGUUCAAAUUUCAAGUUCAGUUUGGGAAUAUGAUCUCCGAUCCCAACGUGACCAAAUAUAUUUUGAAAAGUCAACUGACGAUAUGGUUUUCUUGAGCUCGAAGUUACCAUCCGCACUGAUUUCGAUAAAUGAUUUUACUGAUCAAGUUCUGUACUCACGUGUCAGUCUUCUCUAUUUCGGUACUAUCAAUAGUCAAACAGAUUCAGUUUCUAAACCAAUCGAAAUUUUAUUUCUCGGUGAUCAGCCACUUGAACUAACAAGCAUUGAAGCCAAUAUUUAUGAUGAAGCUCUAUCAAUCACUAUUACAGAAAAAAUUAUUUCACCACGUACUACGAUCCCGAAAACUGUUGCUAUUGUAACGCUCUCAUCGGCACAUCUUUCACGCAGUUAUUAUUUAUCUGGUAUAAUUACUGUGUACACAAAUGACAAGUCUAUUUAUUUAAAAAUACCUUUCCAUGGUCGAUUUGCUUAUGGUUCACUUACAUCAAACAUUCAAACAGUGGCGAAUUAUUUAAAUGAGAAUUAUCGACAAGCUCCAGCUUUUUCAUUUUAUUUUUCACUAACCAAUCGAUACGACUUUACAGUAUUCAUAUCAAAAAUUGAUUUCUUAAAACCGAAUCACAAAGAUUUACUACAGAUUCAUCAACAUAUCACUCAUUCAAUGGAAUUAAUACCAAAUCAAACAAAAUCAAUAAUGACUCUCUCUAUGAUGAAUGAUGAAAUUACACGUUUACAUGGUUCAAUUAUUGUUUAUUCGAGUAUAUCCACUUUUCAUAUACCAUAUGAUAUAUUUUCUGGUCGACUUCAUAUUUUGAUUCAUGAUUCACGAUGGUUGAAGAAUACUUGUUUAUUAGGCACAAUAUUAAUUGGUCAAAUAUGUAAUCAAUCUGUCACGAUUAUCAAUGAAAAUCCUGUACCGAUUCGAUCAGUGUCAGUUAGUAUAUAUACAGAGUCUGAUAAUAAUGACAAAUGUGAGACCAUAAAAUUCAAGUCUGCAUUUUGCCAUCUUUCUGGUCCAUGUGAAAAAUGUACUAUUCAGCUAACUGAAAUCGAACCCUUAUCCGAAGUUAAUAUCCCAUUUUCAUGGGGUAGUGAAAAUGUUGCUCAACAUAUUAAAGGAUUUAUACAAGUUCAGACAAAAUAUACAGUAAUUGAACAACAAUUUGAAUAUUUUGUAACACGUGGCCUUAUUAGUGUGACACCCAAUCCACUGAUUGUCAAUAAUUUAUUUCCUGGUAAACUUGAACAGCAUAGAAUUAUCGUCCGUAAUGCAUAUCCUACGGAUAUCAAUAUUGCUGACAUAAGCUUACAUCCUGUUAUUGCAUCUUCGUCAGAUUAUUUUGACAAAAUAUUUUCAUUUGAUACUAUUCAAUUUUAUAAAAUUAGACGAAUGAUGACUAUCAGUGGUACAAAUUCAUCUUAUUCAUUACAACCAAUUCAUAUUGCAGUAAAUCAAUCUAGUGUAAUUGGAGUUGCUUAUUUUAAUCCAUCUGUUAGUUGUAUUGAUAUAUUUGAAGAUAGUGAACAAUAUGAUGCAAUAUCGACAACAAUCACUACUACUACUACCACUAGUACUAAAACUAAAACUAUUAAUUCAGCUGCAGUUAAUUCUAUUGGUACGAUUAAACCAUUUUGUUAUUGUGGAUUUAAUUUGAACACUGCUUUAGGUAUGUUAUGGUUGAGAGGUGUUAAGGGAAAUGUUAAUCAAUCUACCGAUGAAAUCAUUCAUCAAUCAUCUCUAAAUCAUUUAUUAAUCGAAGAAACAUUCAAAUUAUACAAUGAAUUAUAUAAUCAAUGGUUGAAAAUCUCAAUAAAUGAAGAUACUACUUUAUACAAUCCGAAUAAAACCAAAAAUAUCUUAACAACUAUCAGUUAUGAAUUGUCUCAUGAAAAUGUAACAUUUUUUAGUGAUUUAUAUGGUCAAUUUAUGUGGCCACUUCUAGUGAAUACACAAAAAGUUCCCAUGAAUAAUGUAUCAAUGAAACAUAUGACAUUUUGUACAAUCGACAAUAUUCCCUUGUCAAUAUCAUUAUCAUCAACAUCACAGAAUCGAUCUUUACCAUUUUAUCAUUUAUUACAUAUACCACCGAUAACCUCAUCAUCAUCAUCAGACGCAACCAACUCAUUUGAAUGUAUCUUUCAAAUAACAAAUCCUCAAUCAACAAUCAAUCCAUUAUUUAUUCAACCAAUAUUAUGGAAUGAAAUAUAUAAAAAUUAUGCUACUAAUGAAUCGAAACUAAAUCAUUUAAAAGAGCUUAUCACAAAUAUUUCAAAGGAUUCAACACUUAUUGAUUCACUAUUCACUACAGAUUAUGGAGAGUUUGCCAUUGAACCAUUUCAAUGUUCAGAUUGUCAAUCCACCAAUCAAAUGAUCAAUUCAACUUAUCCUCCAAGUUAUAUUUUACCAUCGAAUGGUAGUGAACAAUAUUUUCGUUUAAUGUUUACACCAUAUUUAAAUUUAUUUGAAUUAUUCAAACAGAAUAAAAUGAAUAAUAAUAAUAAUAAUAAGCAUAUAAUAAUACGUAAUCUAUUAAUAAUACGAAAUAAUUUAACGUCAAUUGAACCUUUAUGGUUAGAAAUUAAUUUUGGUCAAAUUGGUUUAACACUUGGCAAAUUAUCAACUACCAAACCGAUAUCUAAAUUGACAAGAUCAAUUACUGCCUUGAUGAAUGAAUUUCAAAAUGAUUAUGGUAUUAGUAAACAUACUAUAUCGCCUAAUAUUGAUUUGUACAUUCGUAAUGUACCAUCGCUCAGCGGUCGUAGUAGUAGCAGUGGUAGCAAAACAUUUACUAAAUUGAAAGAUGACUCAAAUCCUUCAUUGAAAAUUGAUCAAAUUCUUUAUGAUAUCAACUUGGAUUUCAGUAGUCUAUUCAACAAUAACACAACUCAUCAAAAAUUACAUCAAGAUUUAUCAUUCAAAUUUGAUCUCAAUGAAAAAACUAUCGGAGCAUUUUGUGAACCGCCUAAUACAGCAAUGAUCCGUGGUUUUCCUUCUCUAUUUCUACCUAAACUUGGAAAACAAUCAAAUGAUUUGAAUUAUUAUGUUGAUUUUGAUUAUCAUAAAGAUUUAUUAACAAGUCUUUCAUUACGACGACGUUUAGUUCUACUCAAUUCUGGACAAGUUAUGUUGAAUAUAUUUAUGCUGAGCCUUGUGCCAUCAAUGAAUGCUGAACAGAAGAAAUUCACCGAAUCUCUAUAUUCACAUACAUCAUGUAGUUUGUCUGGUUUUAAAUUAGAUCCAUGUAUACUACCAUCUGAUGAAAAUAACAAUUCUAAUAUUAUUACACUUUUACCAGGUCAACAAAUUAUCAUUGAACUACGACAUUAUCCAGAUUUUACUCAUACAAUUUUAACAACAAAUUUAAUUAUUCAAUUAUAUCCAACAUUAUUUCAAUCGACUAUUAUCGAAUGGUGGAAUAUGCAACAAUUGAAUAAAACAAAUAACAGUCAUAUUUUAUUAAUUGAUCUACCUAAAAUUUCAUUGGAAGCUAAUUUUAAUGCUAAUCUUUUAGAUUCAUGUCUUCGUUUAUUGCCUAGACCAUCAAUUGAAUCAUUUUUAUCUAUCGUUGUAGCACUUGCAGUAUCGUAUGGAGAUGCUAAAGAAAUUUAUAAAGAUCAUAUUAAACUACGAUAUUAUAUAGAAGGACAACCGGAAAAUUUAUAUACGGAUUCCUCAAAACGAUUCAAUUUAAAUCAGCCAAAUAAUCAAUUAUAUAUCAAUCAUUGCACAAACAAUAAAAACUUGUGUAAUCCUCCUUCACCAGAAUUAACUACCACGUCCAAUUCACAAUUACCAUCUUCAAUAACGACAACAUUAAACACUGUUACAUUUACAAAAAAUCACCUCAAAAAUAAUACCAUUGAAAAUGACGAAAUAACUACACUGAAUUCUAAUAAUACAGGAUCAAAACUUAAAUUGAAAGAUAAAAUUAAUUCCGAUGAACAAAAUCAACAAUCAAAAGUUAAAAUAUUUUCAACAAAAUUCGAUUGGGAGAAUUAUUUCCAGUGGUUAUUUGGAUUAUUAUUCACUGUAAAGUAUAUCAGUUUACAAUGGAUUUUAAUUAUCAUUACAUAUCCAUAUAAAACAAUGAGAAAAUAUAUUAUAUGUUUGAGAAAAUUCAAAGAUUGGUUAACAUCAAGCUUAAAUUUACUUUCCAUAAAUAAAGAUUAUUUUCGUUAUUUUCGUCAGUCUUCGUCAGAUGUUUUAAUUACUGCUGGUAGUAAUAAUAGUCAGUCAAUUUCAUCAAAUGAAACAAUAAUGAUAAACAAAAGGAACAUGUUCGGCUUAUCAAAACAAUCAUCAGUUGAUGAAACCAAAAACCAAAAAGCAUCCUUGAAACCGUUGUCAAAAAGCUUAUCAAAAUUAACUAAUCAAACAUCUGACAAAACGAGUACAACACGAGUAAAUCGUAAAAAGAAAGCAAUGGCCACUUUGGUCGAAAUUGCUAAGCCAUUAGGAUUGACUGCUAAUGCAUCAGACGAUCAUUCUACUGUUUCAAAUCGUUCUCGUUUUACAAAAAUCGAAUCUAUAUCACCACCAGCAUCGACCACAUCAACAACAGCAGUCAAUAAAGAUGCUUCGCCACCGCGAAUGGCAGAAGCUGAUAUUGUUGCAGCUGUUCAAGCAUCGAUACGACUAACCGAAGAUGUAAAUAAUCAUCAUCAUCAUCACCACCAUCAUCAUCGUGAAGUACGUGGAAAACAAGCCCAACGUAUCACUUCACGUACAAAAUGUCAUAAUUCUUCUUCACCAUCCUCUACAUCUGGACCGGAUGUGGAUGAUAAUAAUAAUAAUAAGUCACCUUGUGAAAUUGAUGUGUUCUAUCGAAAUGAUCCUUCACCAGUACUUCUAGACUAUAAAUCAGCUUCAAUUGAUAAAAUAUCAUCCUCAUUUAUUGUUGAAAACCAAUAUGUAAAUGAUCAAAAUGAAAAAAGAAGUUCACCAUCAACUCUUUCGAAAAUACCAUUUACAAAACAACUUAUAGAUGAAUAUAAUGAAAAUAUGGCUGAACAGUCUGUCAUUUCACAAGAAAGUUUGGAAUCUGAUAACCAUAAACCAAUAUCAACUAUACCGAAUCCAUCUAAUGAAUUGGAUAAAUUCAUGAAUAAGAAUCCACAUCAAUUGCCUAACAUAUUUAGUAAUAAUAGGAUAUUUGAUUGGCCUGAUACUAUUCAAACAACUGAAAUACACCAUUAUACAAUGAAUGAUUAUUAUCCUUUGACAAUUUACCCUGUAUGUAGUGAAACUGUUAAUGAGUCGUCCACAUUUUGGAACCAACCAUUAUUACGCUCAGAUAAAAUUUUCUAUUCCACUGAUUCACCUGAUGAAGCAAUGAAUCGUUUAUCCGAGGAAACGCAAACGUUUGCACAAGCAUUUAUUACUGAACCAAAUAAUUCAUCAUUAUCAUCGUUCAAUUCACAAUUUAUAUCUCCCCAAUUCACAACAACCUAUUUUAUUCAUGAGCAUGGAUUAACAGACUAUUUCGGUCAGAGUGAAUUUAUGUCAAACGAUAAUGUUUAUUCAAAUAUGUUGGAUACAAUGAACGAAGAUAACAAUCAUCAAAAUUAUAUUUCUAAUGAAAACUCAUCUCGAUACUUGUCUCCAAAUGAUCUUAUUGAACAGGGUUUGCUACAGACUGAUUAUUCUUGUGAUUACUAUGUAAACAAAAUAACAGUUAGAGAAGCAUUAAAUACUACUUUACCAAUUAUUUAUUCAUUACUUCAGACUAAUAAUAAUAGAACUAGUCCUACUGCAUUGCAAUCAUCGUCAAUGGUUUUUCCUACAAACGCGGACAGUUUAGACCCAAUAGAUACUUCACUAAUCACUGAGGUAUUUCUUGAUGCCUUACAUAUAGCAGCACACCAUCAAAAUGUUGAUGAAACCAACUUUCUUCAUUGCUUUACUAAUCCCACCAAUGUACAUAUUGAUGAUAUGUCUGAGGUUGCUUAUUCAACUGUGAACUUGUCAUCUGAAAAUACUAUUCUCAAUUACCAUGAAAAUGAUAAUGAUAUGAUAGAAAACGACUGUAAUCUACAUGAAAGUUGUCAAAUUAGUUUUUAUGAAUUGGUAAAAAUUACAGAAAGUAGACGUUUAUCUGUUCUAAACUAUGAAGCUCAAAUCGACGGUUUCAUUGAAGAAGAAAAGGAAGUCAGGGAAAAUUAUUUCGAUUUAGUACCAAAUCCUUUGAGAUCCAACAAAGUGAAUAACGAUGAGAUGGCUUCCAAAGAGUUGUGUAGUUAUUCCUCAUGGAAAUCUAUUGUAGAUAUGUCACAGGCGGAAUUGUUUCAAGAAUUAGAACUGUCAGAAACCAUAUCUGAACAAUAUGAUUAUGCGGUGAAUAAUUUUAUAAAUUAUGAAGAUUCUUCCAAUGAAUCAUCUGCUAUUGCUCCAUGGACAUACAUUUUUGAAAAAGUAGUCGGAAAAACAAAUAGCAUUGAUAUUAACCAAGAUGUUCCUCUAAAUGACGAAAAUCAUUCGUAUAGGCAUUCCUCGACAUUUUUAUCUACUACAGUUACUCUCGAUGAUAUGAUUUAA